AUGGCUACCGCUGCUGACCGAGCCGAUGCUGAGAAGGCACUUCACACAGCAACACCCGAAUCUCCUCACGAAUCCGAUCAGAGGCGCACCCUCAACUCUGCUUCCGAACAUAACCAACAUGGCGUUGGAUCACUACUACAUCGAUUCGAGAGGACGUUACUGAAAUACAACAUCGAAACCCGAGGUAUUCAAAGAGUGGAGGACCAUGAAAAGCAGAAGACAUCGUUCUUCGCCUACAUCCAAGUGUUUGUGCUAUGGACGUCCGUGAACUUGGUGGUCAACAAUGUCACCCUAGGCAUGCUUGGACCAGCAGUCUACGAGCUCUCCUACACAGACGCCUCCCUAUGUGCUACACUGGGCGCUCUAGUCGGCUCUGUACCGGUUGCUUGGAUCGCAACAUGGGGACCUCUGUCCGGCAUAAGAACCAUGAUCUUUGGCAGAUACAGCAUGGGCUGGUGGCCAAGCAAACUGAUUGUGAUCCUGAAUAUCCUGCAGAUGUUGGGUUACAGCUUGGUCGUGGCAAUCAUUGGAGGACAGGUUCUCUCCGCCGUCUCACCUCAUGGUUCUAUGUCGGUCGUCGUUGGCAUAAUCAUCAUUGUGAUUAUCGUUUGGCUGGUCACAACAUUUGGCAUUGCAGUGUUUCACUAUUACGAGCGUUUUGCUUGGAUGCCGCAAAUCAUCGUACUUUCCGUCUUGUAUGGGGUCUCGGCGAAGUAUUUCGACCUCUCCUACACCAGUGUAGGUGAUACACGGACUGUGGCUGGAAACCGACUUUCCUUUUUCUCCAUCUGUCUUGCUGCAGCAAUCACAUACGCGCCACUCUCUAUGGACUACUUUGUGUAUUGGUCAUCGGCUACGUCACGAGUCGGAGUCUUUGUCUCGACUUUGGCCGGGUUGUGGAUCUCCUUCACAUUCUCGAUUGUCCUCGGCAUUGGUAUAGCGUCAGGCAUCUUCAGCAAUUCUAUGCUCGCGUCGGCAUGGCACAACGAACAGGGUGGUAGUGGCUCUGGUGCUUUACUAGUCGCUGCAUAUUCUGAUGUGGGUACCUUUGGCAAGUUCUGUGCAGUCGUUGUGGCACUUGGUGGGAUUGCAAACAUGAUUGCUCCGACAUACUCGUCCGGUGUUGAUUUCCAGAUCCUGAGUCGCUAUUUUGAAAAAGUGCCAAGAGUGAUAUGGAAUACAGUUGGCGUGAUGAUCUACCUUGCUUGUGCACUGGCAGGACGGAACAAUCUGGCGAUAAUUUUCACAAAUUUCCUUGCAUUAAUGGGUUACUGGGUCGCCAUUUGGUCCGCCAUCGUGCUCGAAGAGUUUUUGAUCUUUAAGGGCAGAAGCACGAAAAACUACGAUUGGAAUAUCUGGAAUGAUAGAAGCCGAUUGCCGAUUGGUGCGGCUGCUCUGAUAGCAUUCUUGAUCGGCUGGGCAGGCGCUAUCUUGUGUAUGGCACAAGUCUGGUACAUUGGGCCUCUGGCGAAGCAAGUCGGAGAGUACGGUGCUGAUAUGGGCAACUAUGUUGGAUUCGCCUGGACGGCGAUAGUCUAUCCUCCACUAAGGUGGCUUGAGAAGAGGAAGUUCGGAAGGUGA